AUGCUCUGCGACGUCUGGACGCUCGCCAGAAACGCCAGGAAGCUUGCCUUCCACCCCUGGGCCCGAGGGCGAACGGCAGUGGUCGGCAGCCUCUGCGACGCUCCGAUCGGCUCCUCGACCUCAUCGCCUGCGACGAGCCAGCAUGGCUCGUCGCUCGACGGCAGCCUGCUCAGUAUGCUCUUGGCAUUCUGCCCGCAUGGCGAGCUGCUCGAUGGCAGCCUGCUCAUGCUGUCUACGCCGGCGACACGCGUGCAUUUCUCCUCCCUGCUGCUCGCCGACUCCUCCUCCCCCCGCAUGACCGACGACUACCCGUCCUUCGGCGACUCCUCCCUCUUCGGCGCCAACGUCUACUACCGGGGGACCGUCGCCCUCGGGCGUACUGGAAUGAUCCCAGCGGCACACGUCUACGAGGGGGGGCUCCGAAAGGUCGGCAUGCCUGGCAUGUCGGGCGACUAG